AUGGCCAUGGCCCUGGAAGCCCGGGCCCAGGCCUCUCCCCGACCAGAACCCGAAGAACUCCUUAUUGUAAAGCUGGAAGGGGACUCAUGGAGACCAGAGAGCAAACCUGGGGAGGAGGGCUUCGACCCUGGCCCUGAGGCUUCCCGCCGGCGCUUCAGGCAGUUCCGGUACAGGGAUGCAGCCGGACCCCACGAGGCCUUCAGCCAGCUCUGGGCGCUCUGCUGUCACUGGCUGCGGCCAGAGAUCCGCCUCAAAGAGCAGAUCCUGGAGCUGCUGGUGCUGGAGCAGUUCCUGACUAUCCUACCCAGGGAGGUCCAGGCUUGGGUGCAGGCGCGCCACCCUGAGAGUGGUGAGGAGGCGGUGGCCCUGGUGGAGGACUGGCACCGAGAGGUCCAGGCUGCGGGACAGAGGGAAUUGGCCUUGUGUGCAGAAGAGACUGGGUCCUUAAAGGCAAUGCAGGAAUCUCAGCACUGUCCACUGCAGCCAGUGAAUCACUGGCCUGAGGGACAGUCCCAGAAGCAGUGGGUGAAGAACUCAUGCCCUGACCUUCCCGAGCAUCUAGACACCAAGAUAGUGCCACACUCCUUGAAAGAAAGUGCUGUCCUCACUCCCCGAGUCCCUACUCUCCCAAAGACGGGGAGUGUUGGAGAUUGGGAGGUGACUGCUGAGUCCCAGGAAGCCCUGGGCCCCAGCAAACAUGCUGAGAAGGAGUUCUGCGAGGACCCCCCAGGAGACAGCUGUGGAAACGGCGUGUCCCUGGGGGCUCCAGUUUCCAAACCAGGUAUGAACUGCCAGCGAGAGCAAGGACCAGGAUUUUGGCGUCCGAGCUUUAUCAAUUCUGGAAAGAGGAACACUGCAGAUUGCACCUUGGAUAAUGAGCAAACAAAACCAGCCCAGGCAUCAGCCUGGAGAGAUUCCAGGGCCUGGGAGGAACAACACCAAUGGGACACGGAGGACAUGAAGGUGUCAGGUGUGCACUGGGGCUAUGAGGAGACCAAGACUUUUCUGGCAAUUUUGAGUGAGUCUCCUUUCUCUGAAAAGCUCCGGACUUGUCACCAGAACCGCCAGGUUUACCGGGCCAUUGCAGAGCGGCUGAGGGCAAGGGGCUUCCUGCGGACACUGGAGCAGUGUCGCUACAGAGUCAAAAACCUCCUGCGGAACUACCGGAAAGCCAAGAGCAGCCACCCACCAGGGACCUGCCCCUUCUAUGAGGAGCUGGAGGCCCUGGUGAGGGCGCGGACAGCCAUCAGAGCCACCGAUGGCCCAGGAGAGGCUGUGGUGCUCCCCAGGCUGGGGGACAGUGAUGCAGAGAUGGAUGAACAGGAGGAAGGGGGCUGGGAGCCUGAAGAGACAGCAGAAGAUUGUAAUGGUGAUGACCUGGCCACUGAUGAGUCUGUCCAGGAGCCUAGGAUUCCAGGGGGCCCAGCUCUGUUCCAGAGUCGUAUUGCAGGUGUGCACUGGGGCUACGAGGAGACCAAGGCCUUCCUGACCAUUCUCAGUGAGUCCCCAUUCUCUGAAAAGCUUCGCACAUGCCACCAGAACAGCCAGGUUUACCGGGCCAUUGCAGAGCGGCUGUGUGCACAGGGCUUCCUGCGGACACUGGAGCAAUGUCGGUACAGAUUCAAAAACCUCCUUCGAAGCUACCGGAAAGCCAAGAGCAGCCACCCACCAGGGACCUGCCCCUUCUAUGAGGAGCUGGACUCACUGAUGAGGGCACGGACUGCGGUCAGAGCCAUGGGAACCCUCAGGGAGGCAGCGAGUCUCUCUAGGUCUGGGCAGAGCAGUACUGAGGCUGAUGACCAGGAGGCCUGGGAUGAGAUGGCAGAUGAAGUUGGCCUCAAAUCUCCCACCCUGUGUCCAGACAUCCCAGACACUGGUUUUGAGAUGAGGCAUAAGGACGAAGACCAGAUUUCAGAGCAAGAUAUUUUUGAGGAUUUGCCUGGAGCCUUAUCAAAAUGUACUGGAGAGGAUGUUUGCCACCCUCAUGACUGGGGGCAAGACAGUGAAAAUGAAGGUGGAGGUGAAGGGCAGUGGGGAAAUCCCCCCCAGGAGCAGUGGGAAGAAUGUUCUUCUGAAGAGGACUUAGAAAAACUUAUCGACCACCAAGGCCUGUACCUGGAAGAGAAGCCCUACAAGUGUGACACGUGUGUGAAAAGCUUCAGUCGGAGCUCGCACUUCAUUGCCCACCAGCGGAUCCACACAGGCGAGAAGCCUUACAAAUGCCCUGAAUGUGGGAAAGGCUUUAGCGAUCGCUCCAACCUCAAUACCCAUCAGAGAAUCCACACAGGAGAGAAGCCCUACAGGUGCCUUGAGUGUGGGAAAAGCUUUAGCGAUCACUCCAAUCUUGUCACCCACCAGAGAAUCCACACAGGGGAAAAGCCCUAUAAAUGUGGGCAAUGCUGGAAAAGCUUCAACCAGAGCUCCAACCUCCUGAAACAUCAGAGAAUCCACGUGGGAGGCAAUCCUGAUCAUUGCUGCGAGGCAGGGGAAACCUUUGGCCAAAGCCCAUCCUUCAGUGCUCCCUGGAGGAACUCUACGGAAGAGACAUCUCUUGAACAACCUCAGAGUGCCAGCAAGAACUUGAAUUCUGGCCCACAUGGCACCAGCUCAGGGGAAAAGCUGUAUCCGUGUCCUGAAUGUGGAAGAACCUUCUCUAAGAGCUCUGCCCUCAUUAGUCACCAAAGGAUCCAUACGGGAGAGAAGCCGUAUGAAUGUGCUGAAUGUGGGAAGAACUUCAGUAAGAGCUCCACGCUGGCUAACCACCAGCGAACCCACACGGGGGAGAAGCCAUACACGUGUGUGGACUGUGGGAAGGGCUUCAGUGAGCGCUCCAAGCUCAUCACGCACCAGAGAGUGCACACGGGAGAGAAACCCUACAAAUGCCUUGAGUGUGGCAAGUUCUUUCGUGACCGUUCCAACCUCAUUACUCACCAGCGGAUUCACACGGGAGAGAAGCCUUACAAGUGCAGAGAGUGUGGGAAAUGUUUUAACCAGAGCUCCAGUCUCAUUAUUCACCAGAGAAUCCACACUGGGGAGAAGCCCUACAAGUGCACAGAGUGUGGCAAAGACUUCAACAAUAGCUCCCAUUUCAGCGCCCACCGGAGAACCCACGCAGGAGGAAAAGCAUCGUAG